UCGGUUAAGGAAUUUACGUUAAUCAUUUUGACUCUUUAAAAUGUUCAUUCCCAUUUUGGUUCUUGAAAUCAGCCAAAAUUGAAGGAACUGAACUUGGAACUUCGACGGAAGUGAUUGGAAAGGCAAAAAGAACGGAAAAUGGGGCAACAACAAUCCAAAGAUGAGUUGCUACAUGAGCAAGUGAGGUAUGGAAAUGUAGAAGGAAUCAAAUCUCUUUGCCGAGAAGGAGCAGGUCUCGAGUGGAUUGAUAAAGAAGGAAAGACUCCCUUGAUAGUUGCGUGCAUGAAUCCUGAGCUUUUUGAUGUUGCAAAAACUCUUGUAGAACUGGGUGCCAACGUCAAUGCUUACCGUCCGGAAAGAAAUCAUCGGGAUGGUCGCAGGGUCAACUCUUGUGGGAGACGAAAAUCAAGGAAGACAAAAAAGAGAGGGUCUCAUGCGGGAACUCCUUUACAUCAUGCGGCGAAAAGAGGUCUUGAACAAACUGUGAAGUUACUUCUUUCCCAUGGAGCAAAUGCUUUGGCGAUGAAUGAUGAUUGUCAGACCCCACUUGAAGUUGCUAGAUCAAAGGGGUAUAGCAAUGUUGUCCGUGUGAUUGAGAGCCAUAUAUGUCUUUUCUCUGGAUGGAUGCGUGAGUUUUAUGGACCAGGGUUUCUGGAAGCAUUAGCCCCUCAAUGGUUAUCGAGAAAAAUUUGGGUUGUGGUCAUCCCUUGUGGUUCUCGCAAUGCUGCAAACCCUAUCAAGCUGGAGGUUGCUGCAUAUUCUAGUCCACAGGAAGCACAGCCUCGUUUAGUUAUUUCACUCUGGAAGGCCAAAAUCGAGGAACCAAGGUUUCAACAGCAAGAUCCUACCCUGGUCAUUUUUGACAAGUCUACUAAAACACGAUGUAAGAUUGCUUCUGCAAAUGAGGGUGACAAGCAGCAACUGCAGUUUUUUUAUAAUGCUUGCAAGGGAAUUCGCCAGGCACUGCCUCCACCUGGUGCUCCAACUUUUCCUCCAACUGCACCGGCAUCUACGGCAGAAGAUAUAGAAUUAGCCAUGGGAAUAAAUUCUUCCAUUCAGUCUGCUGUGGAGGAGAUACCACCCCUAUCUAAUACCCAUCUGAACUCUGAAGUGGACAACACAAAUGGUUGGGCAAACCAUGUAGAUUCUAGUAGUCACAAUGGCUUGGGAAAAAUAGGGGCUGCAUCUUCUUCAGAAGCUACUAGCAGUGGAUGGCUUGAUGAGCCAGUUAAAGAUGUAUAUAAUGGAUUGGGUGUAUCUGAAGCUGGUCCAAGUAGCAACCCACCACAGCAUAUACAUAGUCUGAACAAUGCGACAACUCAAAUGGUUCCUGAAACUGCUUCAGUUCCAUCAGCUCCUCCAAUUCCUGAUGAGAUUGCAGAUGAUGGCCCUAUUCACUAUCCAUCAAUCGACUUGAGUCCUGUUGAUGUAUCAGUGCCAACUGUGGAGGACAGACCAGGCAGACAAAAUGAGGGUAAAGAAGAUGGGGGUGCUUCAUCCUCUUGUGUGAUAUGCUUGGAUGCUCCAGUUGAGGGGGCUUGCAUUCCUUGUGGCCACAUGGCAGGAUGCAUUUCUUGUUUGAAAGAAAUUGAAGCCAAGAAGUGGGGCUGCCCUGUUUGCCGUGCCCGGAUAGAUCAGGUUAUAAGGCUCUAUGCUGUGUGAGUAGUGAUUCAGAAAUAUAUUGAGCUGAUGGUGGUUCACAGGUAUGUAGAAUUCUGGGAUUCUAAUCUCAAAGUUCUCUUCAUUCGUCGUCUGGGAACUCAUCAGACUUCAUUACAUUUGUAAUGCCACACUCUGUACAGUUUGCAGUUAGGUCAUCAAUAUGUAGAGUUGCAUAUCCAAUA